CAGGAGCAGCAACACGUGACGCCACUAUCCCUCCGCCCACUGCAAAGCUGCCGAUUCGACGUGGCGUACUGUACUGCGCGGGGGUCAGGAUUGUCCCACUCGCCUGCGCUCACAAAAAGCGGGGGUCGAUGAAGUCCACCCUUUCAACUUUUAAAGGUUAAAUGAUAUGGCGAGAUUCAUUUGUGAGCUGAAAGGCCACACGGAUGAUGUGAACUGCUGCAGUUUCUCUGAUACAUACGUGGCCACAUGCUCUUUGGAUAAGACUAUCCGGGUUUAUUCCCUGAAGGAUUUUAAAGAGCUGUCCUUUUCCCCACUGAAAGGACACACCUAUGCUGUUCAUUGGUGCUGUUUUGCCCCUGAUAAACCCGUUUUAGCCUCUUGCUCGACUGAUGGCAAGACCAUCCUGUGGAGUAUGCACAAUGGGCAGAUGCUGGCGGUGUUGGAGCAACCUAGUGGCAGCCCCGUUAGAGUUUGCAGAUAUUCAUCAAAUUCCAACUACUUGGCAACUGGGGGUGCAGAUGGUUCAAUAGUGUUAUGGAACGUUCAACAAAUGAAAUUCUACAGGUCUGCCACAGUGAAAGACGGCUCAAUAGUGGCGUGUGCAUUCUCUCCCCAUGGAAAUCUCCUCAUUACCGGCUCAUCAUGUGGUGAUUUAACAGCCUGGGAUGACAGCCUGAAAUGUUUAUACAAUGAAAAAGGACAUGACUUGGGAGUAACCUGCUGUGACUUCUCUUCACAAACACUAACUGAACGUGGCACUGAAUACUACCAAAUGGCAUCUUGUGGGCAAGACAAUGAAAUACGAGUGUGGCUGAUUUCAUUCAGUGAUGCACUAGGCUUUGAAAUGAGAUGCCAGCUGACUCUAGGAGAGCAUUCUUCCCCUGUUCUCUCUUGUGCUUUCUCUAAUGACGGACAGAUAUUGGUUUCAGGGUCUGUGGAUAAGUCUGUAAUAAUUUACACAGUUAAAACAGGGAUUAUUCUUCAUAUUCUCACUCAUCACACAAGAUACGUCACUACGUGUGCCUUAGCACCCAAGCACCCACUACUCGCUACAGGAUCAAUGGAUAAGACUGCAACUAUCUGGAAAUUAGGGCAUUCCGAUGACAUACCAGAUUUCCCAGAUGAGAAUAGAAUACACAUGCACGUGGAGACCUGGUCAGAGGAGAAGGUUGCCACUUGGCUCUCUCAGGAAGGUCUGAAUGAGGUGGAACACAUAUUUAAAGCUAAUAAUAUUGAUGGCAAAGAAUUACUGCAUCUCACCAAGGACAGCCUGCUAAGGGACCUCAAGAUUGAGUCCCUAGGCCUGCGCAACAAAUUAGUAAGAAGAAUCGAGGAUCUGAAAGGUGGUGCGAAAGCAGAGUUGCCCAAUAUCCCUAACGAGUUUCUUUGCCCCAUUACGUGGGAACUGAUGACAGAUCCAGUUAUUGCAUCAGAUGGUUACUCGUAUGAAAGGAAAGCAAUUGAAGACUGGAUGAGUAGAAAGAAGAGGACAAGCCCCAUGACCAACCUCCCGCUUGAGAACCUUCUACUAACGCCCAACAGAACUUUAAAAAUGGCUCUGAACCACUGGCUGGAAAGACAAAAACCCAGUGAUUCAAACCAAAUGACCCCACACAGGUAACACUGUUGAGUUCAUUACUCUGGGUACAAAGGGGUGUGUCUGUGUGACUUAAACACACACUUAAUAGUCUUGAUUUACUUUACCUCCAAUCAAAUGGCCACAGUCUCCUCAUUGGAAGAAGCUCUGUAGAACACUUGUAAUUGGGCAAGAUAUGAAUGUACAAUAUGAAGGACACUGGUCUCUAUUUCAGUGUAUUAUGAUUAAUGUGGAAACUUCUGAGAACAGAAACAAAUGCCCAUCUCCAGAAUCUAUAUGGGAAUCCUAUUUAUUAUAUGUCCCUAAUCAAUGCUCUACUACAGAGCUUCUGCUGAGCUACAACUCCCAUCAUUACUUAUUACUUGUUAUUGGACACAGGGAGUUGUACAUCAGUGAAUGCUGGGGACCCACGGGUUAAACAUUUUUGUUCUUUCCUUGUUAAAUGAUUGGGCGCUGCAUUUAAGAUGUUUAAUUUGAAAUGCAGAUUCCACUUAUGUAUUAAGCUACUGAUAGAUCUGGCUACUAUUUUCCCUUUGUUUGAUUUCUUACCAUUGUACAUGAGCCCCUCCAUGAUUGGUACUGGCAACCAACAGAUAUAAAACAUGUCACAGUAGUGCACUUAUACCAGCAUGAUGCCAUUUCUUGGAGGCAUCGUUACUAGUUCCUGGGUGCUGUCAUCCCAUUCUCUUAUAGUUGUUUGAGCUGUUUAUUUAUUAGGGGCUCAAUUUAAAUGGCACAGAGAGGGGCUGAUGUAUAUGGGAAUCAGUAUACACAUUCAGCUUAUUCCUCUGGAGCUUUAGUUUUCCUUUAAUUAACACCAUAUAUUUCUGUUAACCACCCUUAUAUUUUGUAAACCUCUCUCCCUCCCAUCCUUACUGCACAAACCUGUGACCUGUAUAAUGAAACCAGAUUUACAUUACAGUUCAGUCACAUGUGGGGAGUCACUGUGUGAUUUCUCUGCACUUUCACUAACUUUCCCACAAUAAGCCAUCUGUCCCCCAGAUUUAACACUGUGUGUUCCAAUUCCAUGGAUUUCCCAGGUGGAAAUUCCAUUGUAAUUAUAUUGUGUCCUUUUAGUUUCUAGUCCUUUGGAAAGUAUGGAAUACAACUGUAACCACUUCACUUUAUCUUAAAGGGAUUUUCCUAUGGUUUAACCAUUAGCUGCUUAAACAUACACAUUAUAAUUGUCGGAUAAAUGAAUAGCACCAUAAUAUUUGUGUGUUAAUACCUGGAAACCCUGUACAAUGUUCAAUGAAGUAGACAAUUGCUGAUAUUAAAUAAAUAAUACAUUGUAUAUCAUAA